UCCCGCCAAAUUCAGUCGAUGUAUUCAUCUCCUAACCAAAUUGUGGUUAGGGCAUCAACGUGCAUACCCGGAUGGAUAAAGAGCAACUGAUCCCCCACGCCGAGGAGCUCGAGUGGCUUGAAACGAACAGCUUUCUCGCCGAAUGCGUAGAGGUAGAUGGCUUUUCUUUCGACGAUGAAGAGAUCGGGGAAGAUAACGAGGGUGUUAUAGCCUCUGCUGCAUUGCCUCAUGCAGAUCCUCGCGAGAUUCAGGGCAAUAGGAAGCGUGUCUGGUCGGAAGAGAACGAUGGAUCCGAAAAUAUCGGAGAAAUUGGUAAGAAACAGGAAAAUGGAAUUAAGAGAAGGGCUUUGGAGUUAGUGGAGGAGGAGCAAGAUGAGGGCUGGCUCCAGUAUUGUCCCCCGCAGCGGAAAGCUGUUCAUAUUGCACCGGAGAGUGAUCAUUUGAUGGCCGAAGUUCCCUUCCAGGAGAAGAUAAUUUCUAGAUUUGCCCUGGAAAUUGAAGGGGAUUGCGUGCCUGUGACAGGACCAUAUGGUGACCGUGUCUACGCCAAGAUGCAAUCUUGUAACAUAGCCGGUGAAGGCCCGAAAAAGUUAAGAAUAGAACAUCCUAAAGACGGACUUCUUUCUGAGCCAAUUAGCAUCAUUUUAAAAAACAUGGACAAUGACAUUUUUUCCAAGGCCUUUGAAGAAAAGGUUCACUCACCAUUUCAGCUAACUCAUUCAGAAGUGCCAACUUUUAGCGAGAAGCUUUGGGCUGAAAAGUAUGCUCCAUGCUCUUUCACGGAGCUUCUAAGUGAUGAACAAACUAACAGAGAGGUGCUGUUGUGGCUUAAGCAAUGGGAUUCAUCUGUAUUUGGCUCUCAAGUUAGGUUGACCACUGAUGAUGUUUUAUCAGCUCUUCGGUGUCAUUCAACCAUCCAACAUAAAAAAAUUUCCGACGGCAACACCAUUUUUGAGCAGGGUAAAUCUCCUUUUUCCCAUCAAAAGUUCAAGCCUUGGAAUGCACCGGAUAGACAAAAUGAGAAUUUAAAUGGUUCUUCUGCAUCAUGGAAUAAGAAAGCUACAGUUGAUCAUCCUCCUGAGCAAAAGGUACUUUUACUCUGUGGCCCACCAGGGCUCGGAAAGACAACACUCGCACAUGUAGCGGCUAAGCAUUGUGGAUACCGAGUUGUUGAGAUCAAUGCAAGCGAUGAUAGGUCAUCUUCAACGCUAGAAUCAAAAAUCCUUGAUGCAGUCCAGAUGACAUCUGUCAUUUCUGAUUCUAAACCCAGAUGUUUGGUCAUUGAUGAAAUAGAUGGUGCCCUAGGUGAUGGGAAAGGUGCGGUGGAGGUGAUUCUAAAGAUGGUAGCUGCUGAUAAGAAAGCCAAUUUUGAGAAGAGUAAUUCCACACAACAGUCUUUAUCAGAGUUUUCCUCUAAAAGAGUGAAAAAGUCGUUUACAUUGUUAAGGCCUGUAAUUUGCAUUUGCAAUGACCUUUAUGCACCGGCUUUGAGACCACUGCGGCAAAUUGCAAAGGUCCACAUGUUUGUGCAGCCAACAAUAAGUCGUGUGGUGUACAGGCUUAGAUAUAUUUGCCAAAAGGAAGGCUUGAAGAUAAAUUCCAUUGCACUUGCCGCCCUUGCGGAAUAUACUGAAUGUGAUAUACGCUCAUGCUUAAACACACUUCAGUUCUUGAAUAAGAAGAAAGAAACCCUGAAUAUUUUAGAGAUUGGUUCCCAAGUAGUUGGUCACAAGGAUAUAUCAAGGAGUUGCUUCGAUAUAUGGAAUAAGAUUUUUCAAAACAGUAAAUCCAAGUGCGCAAAGAGUUCAAAAAGGGACUUGAAUGGUCAAAGGGAUUUUGAGUUUAUGUAUUCUCUUUUGUCUAAUCAUGUUAAUUAUGACUUGACAAUGGACGGGAUUCAUGAAAACAUCUUAGGACUUUCUUACAUUGAUCCAAUGAUGACAAAGACUUUUACAUGCCUUGAUAUGCUUGGUGUUUCCGAUUUGUUCCAUCAGUAUAUAAUGCGAACACAACAGAUGUCACUUCAUGUUUUUCAGCCCCCUCUUGCCAUAGCUAUCAAACGCUUGAUUGCUCUUGUUGAUAAGCCAAAUAUUGAAUGGCCAAAGUCUUUACAGAGAUGCCGAGCAAUGUCUAUGGAGAAGAAGGACAUGUUGAAGUUUUGGCAAAGCAAAUUAUUGCCAAUUGUCUCAAGGCAUCUUUCUGCCGAGUAUUUUGCUGAAGAUUUUGUCUCUUUAUUUUUGCAUAUCCUAGUUCCUCCAAACUUGAGGCCUGUAGCAUUGCAUCUAUUUUCUGAAAAGGAGAAGCAUGAUGUAGCUCAGCUGGUGGAUACUAUGGCUUCUUACUCCAUUACAUACAAAAGCUCCAAUGCUGAGAACUUGAAGGGUCCUCACAAGCAGGGAGCCGCUGAUGACGCCUCUAUACUCACUCUUGACCCCCCAAUUGGUGACUUCAUUAACUUUAAGGACUAUCAAUCAACACAUUUAGGAUUAUCUCUAACGAUGAAACGGGUUUUGUUGCAUGAGGUUGAAAAACAGAGAAUAAUGCGUGAAAACCCAGGAAGAUCGCUUAAUCCUAGUGAUGAAUGUGGCGAGGACAGACAGUCUUCAACUAUUAAAAAGUCAGAAGUAAUACAUGAAAGAAUCACUAAAUCUGCAUCCGUUCAGGACAAUGAUAAACCCAGAUUUGCAAUGAUUGAGUUGCAAAAUAAAGACAGUCAUGAGAAUUCAAAUUCCGAAAUAAAGAAAAUCGCUUCCGAUAAGAGUUUUGCUGUACAAACUAUCGGUGGCGACUCAAAGAAGCCUAGUAGGCCAACUAGUUUCUUUGAUAGAUUUAGGCAAGGAUGCAACACUGAUUCAAAGAAUGAUGCCAGCAACUUGCAAAAGGCCCCAACUGCUGAAAGAGAUUCAAGGCCAUUUCUCUUCAAAUACAAUGAGGUAAGUGCUGAUGUUACCUCCAUUAUCCACAGCUCAGUAUUUUCUUCAAUACGAUGGCUUUGUGUGUUGUUGGGUUCCUUUUCAACAAAAUGACUAAGCAUUUACUCAAUUCCAUUUGUUGAGAUUUGCAUCUAAUAUAGAGUUCUAGUUGUAAAUAAAAGAAGUAUAGGGGCGUAAUUUGUAAAUGUUGUGUGGCUUUAUAUAAUCCAAAAUAUUAAUU